AUGUACACUCUGGUCACACUCGCCGAUGUGGUGCAGAUACCACCCAAGGAAUUCCACAAGUCCAGUAUGCGCUGUAUUGAAGACUUCAUCAACACGAAAUAUGCAGACAAAGUGAUUCACAAGAUCGGUUUGUGUGUCGGCUUUCACUCGCUUAUAUCCGCAUCCGAGGGUCUCAUCGGACAUGGUACGGGUACAGUGAAUGUCAACGUUGACUUCAAGAUUAUUGUUUUUCGGCCUUUCAAGGGCGAGAUCCUUCGCGCGACUAUCUCUCAAUCGAACCCCACAGGAAUAGAGCUCUCUGCGGAUUUCUUCGAGGACAUAGUGGUGCCACCAGAAACACUUUUCGACAACACAGAAUGGCAAAAGGAUGAUUCCGGGGUCUGGACCUUUGUAUGGCGUGCCGAUGAUGGCGCGGGUGGUACAAAUGAGUUCUUCUUCGACAAUUCUGAAAGCUGUCUGCUCCGGGUCGAAGAAGAACAAUGGCACGAUCUCUCGCCUGAUGCGAUGAAAGAUGAAGACGAAGAGAACGAAUCACGACUCCCUCCAUAUCGAAUCAGAGGAAGUAUGAUGCACAGUGGUCUCGGUCCAACUUUGUGGUGGACUGGUGAAGGGAAUGAAGCAGAGACGGCCGGCGAAAAUGGCGACACAGAUAUGGCUGAUACAUGA